AUGGUUGGCGGAACAAGCACAAGCGAAUUAUUAAAAGCAGCUCUCAACUCUGGACGCACACCGAGCUCCAGUGGUAUUGGUCGGCCAUCAAGCAAGCGUAGCUCAAAGGCCAGCACACCCAAGCAGGCUCCUAGCGCAAACGUAUCCGACGAUGAGUUUGAUGAUACAGACAGCGUGGCGUCAGACGAUGCAUGGGUGGUGGCCGGAGACGAGGAGGCCGGCGCCAAGGCCGUUGAGGCCGGCGACAAUUGGGAGAGCAUUCUGGGAGAUGCCCUCGAGUCUGUAGGUGACAAACGCGCUGUUUCGCGAGAAAAGGGUCUGUUGACUAUUGUCCGCGUCAUGUCGCUUCGAUUCAUCGGCGAUGGGCUGGAAAACAGCCGCGUGACGCUCCUAGAGGCACUAAAGCGCAGCGUGCGCAACAACAAGAGCGAAAAAGAAACCCUGCUUGCACUACUGGCAAUCGGCCAAUGGUUUGUCAACUUUGGCAUGGAGCACGCCAACGAGUAUGCGUCCAUCGACAAGCAGCUCAAGACGCUGAUUAACGACCAUAAGACUGAUAGCGUGCGCGCCCUGGCAUUGAACAUGCUAGGCCUGGCCAACUUCAUCUCAGGCACCGACCAUAAUGACGCCGCCGAGGUGAUGCGCUUUAUCAGCGACCGCUUUUUCUCGGCCACCGCCGCCGCGCCCGUCGUUGUGCUCAGACAGGCGCUGGAGACGUACGGGUUUUUAAUGACCGUGCUUGUGGCCGGCAACCAGGCACUGGCCGAGCGCACGUUCCAGCAGAGUGACUUCCAGGCUCAUAUGAAGGCACUGUGUGCUGAAAGCAUUGAUCUGCGUCUGGCCGCGGCGCAGAACUUUGCCCUAAUGCAUGAAGCCCUUAGCCAUGACGCCCACCUGUAUGAGUUUGAUCAGCAGGAGGAGCUUGUGGCUACGCUCCUGAGCAUUAAACAUGAGAGCUCCAAGCGACACGGAAAGAGAGUCACCCAGGCGCAGAGGUCGGCUAUGCGCGAUGUGCUCAAAUCCAUCGAGACUGGAAAGGCGCCCAAAAUGCAAUUGAUAUUUGUUGGCCGCUCAGUUAUCUUUGACCGCUGGGAGCGUAUUAUUCGCUUGCACGUGUUUAAGGCUGUAUUGGGGAGUGGGUUGCCGGUGCAUUUUGUCGAUAAUCCGCUGUUGCGCGAUAUCUUUGAGGUCGAGUUUGAUACCUCGGGAGACGCGGGGGUGCAGAAUCAAGGACGGGUUGUUGUUGAUAGAAAGUCUGAGUUGGCUAAGGAACGCUCGAGAAAAUUACGCAAGAGCCGUACUACCAGCUGCAAUGCGUAUUCAGCUGACGAUGAUUAUUUUUAUGGGUAA